AUGACACAGCAGUUCGCACAGAUGGGCAUGGCUCCGCAACAACAGCAACCCGCACAAGCUCCCCAGCAGCCCGCUCCUGUCGCUCAGCGCCUGAACCCUCUGCAGCCCGUCGACAUCAGUGUCCAGGGUGCUCCUUUCCAUGUGUCAGAUCUGGAUCUGCCUCCUCCUCCCAUCAUCCUACCACCUAACUCUAGCGUCACUCCCUCACCCAACGCAAACUGCCCUCCCAAGUACGUCCGAUCGACAUUGAACGCCAUCCCUUCGACAAAUUCCCUCCUCAAGAAGUCCAAGCUUCCCUUUGCUCUGGUCAUCCAACCCUACGCUACCCUCCACGAUGCCGAAGACGACGUGCCUGUUCAACCCGAUCAGGUCAUUGCAAGAUGUCGCAGAUGCCGUACCUACAUCAAUCCCUUUGCUACCUUCCUCGAUCACAGCCACCGAUGGCGUUGCAACAUGUGCAACCUGACCAACGACGUCCCCCAGGCCUUUGAUUGGGACAACAUGAAGCAACAAGCCAUUGACCGCUGGCAGCGCUCCGAGCUCAACUACUCGGUCAUGGAGUUUGUUGCUCCUCAAGAGUACAUGGUUAGAGCCCCGCAACCUCUGGUAUACCUCUUCUUGUUCGACGUCAGUGUCGCUUCCGUCCAGAGUGGCCUCCUUGCCACUGCUGCUCGCUGUGUUGCCGAAUCGCUCGACCGCAUCCCCAACGCCGACCGCAGAACCCGCCUGGCUUUCAUGGCCGUCGACUCGAGCUUGCAUUACUUUACCAUUCCUCGCGAUGACAGCGGUACCACCGAUUCAAAUAUGCUGGUCGUCAGCGAUCUUGACGAGCCUUUCCUCCCUACGCCCGAUGGUCUUUUGGUCAGCUUGGCCGAUUCGCGUCAAAACAUCGAGACCUUCCUCGGCAAGCUUCAAUCCAUGUUCCAGAGCACUCAGAACGGCCUCUCCGCCAUGGGCUCGGCUAUGCGUGCUGGACACAAGAUGAUUUCUCACGUCGGUGGAAAGAUGGUCGUUUUGACUGCAUCCUUGCCCAACCACGGCUACGGCAAGCUGGAUAUGAGAGAGGACAAGAAGCUUCUGGGAACAAGCAAAGAGAGUUCUCUUUUGCAAACCGCCAACGCCUUCUACAAGAGUUUCGCUGUCGAGUGUUCUAAGACUCAGGUUUCGAUCGACAUGUUCCUCUUCUCGUCACAAUACCAGGAUGUUGCUUCCCUGAGCAACCUGCCCAGAUACACUGGAGGUCAGACAUAUUUCUACCCUGCCUGGAGUGCCGCCCGUACAGAGGAUGCCAUCAAGUUUGCAACAGAGUUCAGCGACUACCUGUCAUCCGAGAUCGGUCUAGAGGCUGUGUUGCGUGUCAGAGCCACUACUGGGCUACGUCCGAGCACCUUCUACGGAAACUUCUUCAACCGUAGCUCUGAUCUCUGUGCUUUCCCUGCUUUCCCUCGCGACCAAGCGUACGUGGUUGAAAUUGCCAUCGACGAGUCGGUCACAAAGCAAUUUGUCUGUCUGCAGGCCGGUGUCUUGCACACAACAUGUAAUGGCGAGCGUCGCAUUCGCGUCAUGACCUUGUCUAUCCCUACCACACAAAACUUGGCCGAUGUUUACUCAAGCGCUGAUCAGCAAGCCAUUGCCGUCUACUUCAGUCACAAGGCAGUCGAGAGAGCUUUGUCGAGUGGCCUCGAUGCCGCUAGAGAUGCCCUUCAAGCCAAGAUCAUUGAGCUCCUUCAGACAUACAAGAAGGAACUUGCAGGUGGUAACAUGGGUGGUGGCGGUCUCCAGUUCCCUGUCAACCUCAGAGCUUUGCCAACUCUAUUCUUGGGUCUCAUCAAAAACCUUGGUCUUCGCAAAUCCGCCCAAAUUCCUAGCGAUCUUCGCUCUGCAGCCUUGUGCCUACUUUCGACUCUGCCCCUGCCUUUGAUGAUCCAGUACAUCUACCCUCGUCUGUACUCAUUGCACGACAUGCCUGAGACUGCCGGUCUCCCCGAUCCGACGACUGGUGCCAUCGCUCUGCCUCCUCCACUUAACCUGACCUCAGGCAACAUCGUUCCUUUCGGUCUUUACCUUAUCGACGACGGCCAGACACAGUUCUUGUGGUUGGGACGUGACGCCGUCCCAGCGCUGGUUAUGGACGUGUUUGGCACUGAUGAUAAGAACGCCUUGAAGCAAGGCAAGACCUCUCUGCCCAUCAUUGACAGCGAGAUGAAUGAGCGUGUGCGUGCUGUAGUCGAGAAGAGUCGAGACCAUCGUGCCAAGGGCUGCGGUAGUAUCGUGGUACCAUCACUAUAUCUCGUGCGCGAGGACGGCGACCCAAGUCUCAGACUCUGGGCACAAAGUCUUCUUAUCGAGGACCGCGCCGACCUAGCUGUCAGCUCAGCUCAAUUCAUCGGCAUGCUCAGAGAAAAGGUAAGCACAUUCUAG